ACGUUCACGGACCAAACAAGAGGGCAAAGCCGUCCAGAGUCCAGCCCAACCCGUCCCGCACCUGCACGCACGAACCCUAACUCUCAUCCACGAUUCCUCCCGAGCGAGCGCGGCGCAGCAAUCCAGAGAGCGGGCGGCGUCCGGGCGGGGUCGGGAGCGGUGGCUCGGUGCUGGGGCAGUCUGGCGGCAGGCGCGACCCGCAGCUCGCGCGCAGCCGGCAGAGGUAUAGAGGGCGAGACAGAAGAAAAAGAUGGAGGAGAGAUGUGCAAAAUCAAGCCCCUUGCUGCCUGCUCAAACUAUGACCGAGAGGAAUUUGAAAUAUUACCAGGAAAUGAGUGGUACGAAUGGAGAAUCGGGUAUGCAUCAAGGGAAUGAAUCAGCAAAUAGAGAAUCUUAUAGCCUCGUGGUAUCUGCUAGGAAUAAGGUCCGUGAACCACGAAAGGAAGCAGAAAAGGAAUCAGAAAUGGCAAUGGUAGAAACAGAAGUGAAAGGAAUGGGCUUAUGAUGUUAACUAGUUGUGAACUUUGUUUUUGAGAAAGAAGUAGCUACGAACUUAAAGUACUUAUGACAGUUGAGAUACGCAAAUGUUCCAACUAUAUUUUUGUAUUUUUCUUGAUAAUGCAUUGAAUUGUUCCAUUUAUUUCACUGAAUUGUUCCCUUCCAUGUUAUAACAAAAACAUUGCUGGUAGGAAGCUACUCAAAGGUUACAUCAUUUGAAAAAAAUGCUACAGAAGUAAGUGUCAAAUUACCAAAACCUUGAUAUUUUGAUAUGUGCAGAAUACAAGAAAAGGGGAUACAGAUUUGGAAGAAAGAUAUGGAAUCAUGCUUGCUCCUGAACAUGAGGCUGGAGAACAUGUAAAUCUUACAACUGAAGAUAGCUUGCAGUCACCUAUUUUCCUGUGGAAUGAUACUGAAACGAACAGGCGAUCAGAAAUACAGGCCCUGGAAACUGGUGACACAUUUGUUCAGGAACUGGAUCAAGAGAAUGGAAAUGCCAUCCUAAAUGGAGAUGAAGACCUCAAUGAAUGCCAAAAAGAUCAAGCUGAAGCAGAAGCUGAUGGUGAUGAAGACUAUAUGUUUCCAAGUCCAGAAGAAAUGGAAAAGGCCAGGCCUCCAGAGGUUGGCAUGGUAUUUCCCACACUACAAGAUGCUCAUCGCUUUAUCAGUGUCUAUGGGCAAGUUACUGGAUUCGCGGUGAUUAAAGGAACGAAUUACAAGCACAAGAAGAUAACAUUUGUGUGCAAUAAAAGUAGGAAAGCAAAAGAGACUGAUACAAGACAGAGGAAGAGGAGAAGAGAUGCUGUUGAGCACACUCAAUGCCGCAUGAAGAUGACUGUGAAACUUGUUGCAGACAGAUGGGAGGUUACAGCAGCUAUGAAUGAACAUAACCACCCACUUUGGUGUUCGCCCUUGCUGACCAGAUUUUUCAUGAGCCACAAGGACAUGUCGGAGGAAGAGAGACACUUCUCAAGAAUAUUGCAGGAAAGCAGGAUUAAGCCGACAAAGAUAAUGGAAAUUUUCAGGAAAUUACAGGGGAGAUUGAAGAAUAUACCUGCAAGGAAAGUGGAUUCUAACAACUUGAAACAGUCUGACAGACUGAUGAAGACUAGGAAUACAGAUAUUGGAAGCACACUAGAACAUGUGAGAAGAUUGCAAAAGGAGCAACCUGGGUUCUACUACGCUAUGAAGACUGAUGAAGAUAGCACUAUAAGAAGUAUCUUUUGGACAGAUGCGCGAGCUAGACUUGAUUAUGCUUUAUAUGGAGAUUUCAUUCAUUUUAAUACGACUUGUAGAACCAAUGCAUACCACAUGCCAUUUGCCUCAUUAAUUGGAAUUAAUGGGCAUGGUAAGCCAACUGUUUUCGGUUGGGCUUUGCUUGAAAAUGAUGAGGCAGAGACAUUCUCUUGGUUAUUCAGGACAUUCUUGGAUGUAAUGGAUGGCAAGAAACCAAGUAUUAUAAUGACACAUCAGGAUUCAGCCAUACAGAAAUCAAUUGCAGAGGUAUUCCCCACAGUUUUUCAUCGGUUCAGCAUGUGGCAUGUGAUGAGGGAAGCUGCAGCUGAAUUUGGAGGUUUUAUGGUUAACAGACCUGGAAUGGAAGCUGACCUGACACGUCUUGUUACAAAUUCUUUAACUACUGAAGAAUUUGAGAAUGAUUGGAAAACAAUGCUUGAGAAAUAUGCUGCAGAACUAAACGCACACUUGAAGCACAUGUAUUGGACAAGGUCUAUGUGGGUGCCAGUUUACUUCAAACAUGUGUUUUGCCCAUUUAUACGUUCCUCCGGAAGUUGUGAGAACACAAAUUCAAUCUUCAAGGACUAUGUUCUGCAAGAGGAUACCAUAGAAACCUUCAUCAGGCAAUAUAACAUCUUCCAAGAGUCUGUUAGCACUGAUAGAUUUGAGUCAACUCGGCAAAAGCCAAAAUACUGUACUAGGCAACCAAUAGAAAGGCAUGCUGCAGAAAUUUACACAAUGGGGCUGUUCUUGAAAUUUCAGAAAGAGCUACUUGAUGCAUCAGCUUUCAAUGUUUUCAAAAAGGAAAGGGACAGAAUUUAUAUGGUGAAGAGAAUGCUGGACUAUGAGGAUUCUGAGUUUCUCCACUAUACCUUCUCUGUUGAAGUUGACAUGAAAAAUAAGACAUUUAAUUGCAUAUGUUUGAAGUUUGAGAGAGAUGGAAUACUUUGUUGCCAUGUUCUGAGGCUUUUCACCCAGUUUGGAAUUAACGAGAUCCCUGAGCACUACAUCAAGCAAAGGUGGACAAAGAAGUUCAGAGAGCAGGAGUUGCAGAAACUUUGCACAGAGAAGACAGGAUCAACUGCUUCACAAAAUGCGAGAUAUGCUGUGCUUAUGAACAGGACAGCAGAAAUUGGUGCCACUGUAAGCAAGGAUCCAAAGCAAAGUCAAGUAUUCUUGGAAGAGCUCGAAAGGAUUCAGCAGAAGCUGUCAAGCGGAGCUAGCUGAGGGCACGGAUGAAAGAACCACACAAGAAGACCAGAACGGGAGCAAAGCAAAUGAAUAGCGAGGAAAAGAGGGAGCACCUACACAAGAAGAGGAAUUGUUCAUGAUCAGCACAUGCGGUACUGUAGCACAUUACAUAGCUCCAUAUCAGUUUUUUUAUUAGCUGGGUUGUUUAGGGGACAAGUCAUUAGAUUGUAUCCUUUCAGAUGACAAGUCAUCAUUAGUUAGAGAUAACUAGUAAUGUAUCUUGGUCUCAAGUGGUUCUGUUCAACCCUCCCUCUUUCGGCAUGAAUACUUCCUAUGUGGUGGUUUAUUUGCUAAAGUGAGCGUUUGUCUA